GAGGCAGCCUCCCGAGAGGCUGAGCUGCAACCUGCUGGGGGACUCUGCUGUCCUUCAGAGGGCCCUGAGCCUCUGGUCGAGGGUUGGGCUCCCGAGACCAGGGUCUAUGGUGGAUGGCUCUGGAGCUGCUCCUGAGGCUGUACCAUCCCCCACAAGUCAGAGGUUCACUGCAGAGCCUGCUGGGGCUGGGGUGAGGGAGCCCACACUGGAGCCCCAUGUGGAACCCAAGGACACAGCCGCCCUGCUGAAAGCAAGGCGGCCCAUCCUUCGAGACCGUGACCUCAAGACGGUGGCCCUCAGCCCUCUACCUCCGGCGGGGGCGGGGACUGCCCACCUCCAAGUCCCCAACCAUGACAACCUCUGCGCUUCGCCGCCAGGUGAAGAACAUUGUUCACAACUACUCAGAGGCUGAGGUCAAGGUGCGCGAGGCCACCAGCAAUGACCCCUGGGGCCCACCCAGUUCCCUCAUGUCAGAGAUUGCUGACCUGACCUUCAACACAGUGGCCUUUGCUGAGGUCAUGGGCAUGCUGUGGCGGAGGCUCAAUGACAGCGGUAAGAACUGGCGACAUGUAUACAAGGCUUUGACACUGCUGGACUACCUGCUCAAGACGGGCUCGGAGCGUGUGGCCCACCAAUGCCGUGAGAACCUGUACACCAUCCAGACACUCAAGGACUUCCAGUACAUUGACCGCGACGGCAAGGACCAAGGCGUCAACGUUCGGGAGAAGGUCAAGCAGGUGAUGGCCCUGCUCAAAGACGAGGAGCGCCUGCGACAAGAGCGAACCCACGCUCUCAAGACCAAAGAGAGAAUGGCCCUGGAAGGCAUGGGCAUUGGCAGCGGGCAGCUGGGCUUCAGCCGAAGAUCUCGGGGCUCCCCCUCCUCCUACACCUCUGCGUCCUCAUCCCCGCGCUAUGCCUCAGACCUGGAGCAGGCACGGCCCCAGACGUCUGGAGAAGAAGAGCUGCAGCUGCAGCUGGCCUUGGCCAUGAGCCGUGAGGAGGCUGAAAAGCCAGUCCCCCCAGCCUCCCACAGGGAUGAGGACCUUCAGCUGCAGCUGGCUCUGAGCCUGAGCCGGCAGGAGCAUGAGAAGGGGGUCAGGUCCUGGAAGGAAGAUGACUCUCCAGUGGCGAAUGGUGCAGAAUCUGCUGGCCAUCGGCGGCGGGACAGAGAGCCUGGGAGAGAAGAGAGAAAGGAGGAGGAGAAGCUGAAAACUAGUCAGUCCUCCAUCCUGGACUUGGCUGACAUCUUCGCACCUGCCCCAGCCCUGCCUUCCACACACUGCUCUGCUGACCCAUGGGACAUCCCAGGUCUCAGGCCGAACACCGAGCCAAGUGGCUCUUCCUGGGGGCCUUCAGCAGACCCUUGGUCUCCAGUUCCCUCUGGACAUGCCCUGUCCCGAAGCCAGCCUUGGGAUUUGCUUCCUACUCUUUCCUCUUCCGAGCCCUGGGGCAGGACCCCAGUGCUGCCUGCAGGAUCCCCCAUGGCAGACCCCUGGGCACCAAGCUCCCCCAACCACAAACUCCCCAGCACUGGAACAGACCCUUGGGUGGCCUCUCUGGAGACCUCUGACACCUCUGCUCUAGGUGGUGCCUUGUCCUUCGACCCAUUUGCCAAACCUCUAGAAUCCACGGAGCAGAAGGAGAGCCUGGACGGUGCCCAGGCCCUGGCCACGGGGAAGUCUAGCAGUCCUGUGGAACUAGACCCAUUUGGAGACACCAGUCCCAGUUGCAAGCAAAAUGGCAUGAAGGACUCUGAAGCCCUUGACCUGGGUGUUCUAGGGGAGGCGCUACAGUCAGGAAAGGAGGCGCGCCCCUGCCGGACUCCGGAGUCCUUCCUGGGCCCCUCCGCCUCUUCUUUGGUCAACCUGGACUCACUAGUCAAGACACCCCUGGCUGCAAGGACCCGGAACCCCUUCCUGACAGGUCUGGGUGCUCCGUCCCCUACUAACCCGUUUGGUGCGGGCGAGCAGGGCAGGCCGACCCUGAACCAGAUGCGCACCGGCUCUCCCGCUCUGGGUCUGCCGAUGGGACCCGUCGGGGCGCCCUUGAGCUCCAUGACCUACAGCGCCUCCCUGCCCCUCCCGCUCAGUAGCGUGCCGGUCGGCGCGACCCUCCCCGCCUCGAUCAGCGUCUUUCCGCAAGCCGGAGCCUUCGCCCCGUCGCCCGCGAGCCUGCCUCAGCCGCUGCUGCCCACGUCCGGCCCGGCAGGACCACUGCCCCCGCAGGCUAGCACCAAUCCCUUCCUUUGAGACGCUUCGGCGCCUGCGCGUGAGGCCACGCCUCCUCGAGGGCGGUCGUGCUGGUUGAGCUUUGAUCCUGGCUCCUGAGGACCCCUGACAGAUCCUGACCGAGCUAGGGGCUGACAUCUAGGGGACGAAGACUACACCCGCCUAAUAAAGACUGGAAUCUACGUCCUCAGCUCUUACCAAGUGGACUUUUUGAGGGGUGUGGCAGCUGGGUCUGGACCACAGCACUACCAGUCGAGGCGGAAACUACUUGACAGUCUGAAUUCCCUCAGAACCCUCUCAACCCCCCAUUCCCAUCUCCUGUCGGCCUGGUGCCUUCCUUCCCUAUGCUCUCACUCAUUCAGGCCUCCAUCCGCUGUCACACAUGGGCUACCCCGCUAGCAAGGGUAACCGCAUUUGCUCAUUCUUUGAUGCGCGAUGUACCUUAGGCAGAGAAUUUCAUGUAAUCAUAUUGCAAGGCGCCUCCGCAGUUACACUGUUACUCAGGACUUCAGCGUUUGUAGGGCCCUA